CGCCAAUUUUGAGGGAUGUAAACAUUGUCGCGACUGUUCCUCUCCGUGUCAUGAACAAGAUUAAUUUUUCCUGAUUCCAGCGAGCAAUAUUUGUCUACAAUGACUUUAGAUGGACGAGGAGCUGGCGAUUCAACCCAGCUUGCUGCCAGCGGUGACAGCGAUUCAAUCAAAGUUUUUGUGCGAGUGCGGCCUCUGACUCAGGGCACUGGGCUGACCACAGAUGGAGAUCAGAGUUUGUGUCUUACAGUCACUUCUCCAAACACCAUACGUCUGUUAUCAAAACCAGAGCCACGAACUUUCACCUAUGAUCAUGUUGCUGACAUGGACACAUCUCAGGACUCUGUGUUUUCAAGUGUGGCUAAGAACAUUGUUGAAUCUUGCAUGAAUGGAUACAAUGGAACAAUAUUUGCUUAUGGACAAACAGGUUCAGGGAAAACAUUCACCAUGCUUGGGCCAUCUGAGUUGGAUAACUUCACAGAUGAACUCAGAGGAGUUAUUCCUCGAAGUUUUGAAUAUCUGUUUUUUCUCAUCAACAGAGAAGUGGAGAAGUCUUCCCAGUCUAAGAGUUUCCUUUGCAAAUGUUCAUUUAUCGAGAUAUACAAUGAACAAAUUUACGACCUUCUGGACACAGCUUCAGCGAGCCUUUUCCUCCGGGAGAACAUAAAGAAAGGGGUGUUUGUUGAGGGUGCUGUGGAAAAGUUUGUCAACUCAGCUGCUGAAGCUUACCAGGUGUUGUCUAUGGGCUGGCGUAAUCGACGAGUAGCCUCCACCUCUAUGAACCGCGAGUCCUCCAGGUCCCACGCAGUGUUCACCAUGACUCUGGAGUCCAAAGAGUCCAUCAAUGAAGUGGUGAACAUCCGAAUGUCUCAGCUGAACCUGGUUGAUCUGGCGGGGUCUGAGAGGCAGAAAGACACUCACACAGAGGGCUCUAGACUCAAGGAGGCCAGCAGUAUCAAUCGCUCCCUCAUGUGCCUGGGUCAGGUGAUCAUGGCACUGGUUGACGUGUCCAAUGGGAAGAACCGCCACAUCUGCUACAGAGACUCUAAACUCACCUUCCUGCUAAGGGACUCUCUUGGAGGAAAUGCAAAGACUUACAUCAUUGCCAAUGUUCAUCCCGGUUCAAAGUGUUUUGGAGAAACGUUGUCUACCUUGCAAUUUGCUCAGAGAGCAAAGCUGAUCAAGAAUAAGGCCAUUAUCAACGAAGACACACAGGGAAAUGUGAGACAACUACAAGCUGAGGUUAAGAAGCUGAAGGAACAGCUUGCGCAAGCGCUGGCAUCUCAGGGAGUAGGCAAUGGGAGAGAUUUGGCACCUGGAGGACCUGAACUCCCUAUGGGUCCAUCCACAGGAAUUCAACAUGAUAUUGCAUACAAAGCAAAGUUUAUCGCAGCUGUUCGCCUGUGGAAGAAAAGAGAAGAAGAGAAGAGGAUGCUGACUGAAAAGGUAGCUCGGCUUGAGGAGGCGUGGACCCAAAAAGACAAGUUUAUCCAUUCCAGCCGAAUGAUCGUCAGGUUUCGAGAAGAACACAUCUCUCGCCUGGAGAAAAGACUUAAGUCAGAACAAAGUUCACUGACAGACAAAGAGUCCCAGGCUCUGAUUGACCAGCUGAAAGAAGAGAUCAAGAUCUUGAGGGAUCAGGUUGAUCAUCAUCCAAAAAUGACUCGAUACGCUGCUGAGAACUUCGGUCUCAGAGAGGAGAACCGUCAGCUUCGUUCUCUUGAAUCAGUGGUGAAAGCUGAAGAGGCUGUGGGCCAUAUUACAGCUGAAAUGGAAGAGCUCUUCCAGAAGGCCACGGAAACGGAGGGAAACACAGAGAAAGCCUCUUCUACAUCUGUGGCUGCAGACGCUGCUUCAGCUGCUGCUGCUGCUGCUGCUGAGAAGCUGAAGGCCCAGCUGCUUCAGAAACAGUCCGACCUCACAGCUGUUCUGAACGCCUUUGAGGAGUACAAAGAAGUUACCAAGAAACAGUUGUCUCAGCUGGAGUCUGAGAAGAGAUACCUUGAGAAGUCUAACAGGCAUUUGGAAAACAUUUUGGAAGCCACGAAUGCUUACCAAAAAAAGGAAGUCACUGAGCUGAACAGAAUUCAUGUUGAAACUAUUAAGAUUCUGACGACCCCCACCAAAGCAUACAACUUGCGGUCCCGUGUUGUGCCUCUCUCCAGCCCAGAACAUCUGAAUGGAAUGGAUGAUGGUGGAGAUGACAUCUGGUUGGAGCAGCCUCCUUCAGAUAUGACAGAGAUGGCUUUGACCAAGGAACUGCGCCAAGUACAGGAGCAGACUAGCCGUGUGCAGUCUCAGUUGAAUGAGGAGGAGAUGAAGAACAGCAAACUACUGCAGCAAAUUGCAAAACUUGAGGAGCAGAUCGCUAUGAUGUCACAAGAGUCCAACCACAAAGAUGAGCUUCUUUCUACUGAGCGAGCUAACAAGGAAAGAGAUCAGCUCAACAUGCAAGAAACCGUCAAUGAGCUGCAGCAGAGCCUUCAGACUGAGAAGCAGGCUGCAGAUGUCCUGAGGAGUGAGAUCCGUGAUCUGCGCCUGGUGCUGCAGUCGUCCGAUAAGGAGCUGGCCCUCAUAAAGGAGGAGCUCAGAGAUGUUCAGAGUGAACAGCAGAGAGAGACAAGCCAGCUCUCCAACAGUCUCAUCAGCACCCAGCUCCAGCUUGACAAAGUCCAGCUGGAGUGGGAGCAGCUUCUGGAGCAGCAUCGGACUCUGCAGGAUUCAUUUGAUCAGCUGCAGGCUGAGGCCAAGUUUGAUGCUGAUCAGGCAAGACAGCAGCUGCAGGACAGGCAACAGGAGAUCGACAAACUGAACUCACAGCUCACAGAUUUAAAUAAUUCUCUACAAACGGAGCUGCAGCGAUCAAACACCCUGAUCUCCCAGUUGAAAGAAAACAAAGAAACUACAUCCAAAGAACUUAUUGAAACUGUGGAGCAGAAUGCCCAGCUGAGAACACAGCUCUCAGACCUGACAGCACAAAACAAAGAACAGGCAUCCAAAGUUGUCGAUCUUGAGCAAAAUCUGAACUCCUCCAAUGAAACGAUAAAAAGCUUGGAGCAGGAGAUCAAACAGGGCAAAGAUGUUGUGUUAGAUCUGAUGAACCAAACCAGAGACCUCCGCUGUGAGCAGAGCCAGAAGGAUCAGUGCAUUACACAACUGUCUGAAGACAUCAAAGACAUCACAGCCAAGUGCAGUGCUUCCUGCCUCGAAAGGGACGAUAUUAAGGAACAAAACUCAAAGAUGCAGACAGAAAUAAGCAACCUGAAAGAAACUUUGGAAAGAUGUGAGGCGUCAAACAAAAUAGAGGUGGAGGUGCUGCAGGAGGAGGUUGUUUAUGCCACUGAGGAGGUCGAGAGACUUGCAAAGGUUUUGGAUGAGCAGAGCAGCCUCCUUCAAGCAGCUCAAGAGCAAAUAUCCCAGAAGGACACCCUGAUACAGAAUCUACAGCAGAAGGUGCAACAGCAGCAAGACGCUGUGGAAAGAACAAUCCGAAAUGGAAGUUUCAAACCUCAUGUCGAGCUGAUGGUAACGCCUAAAUCAUUACCCCGGACUCCAUGCACUCCGUUAAGCUUCAACAGAGACCUUACUCAGGUCCUGGAGAGCCAGGAGAGGGAGUUGGAGAACCGACGCUCCUCCAUGAUGACCAUGGAGGUUCUUUUAACAGAGCUGAAUGCUGAGAGGACAGCGAAAAAUGAGGAGAUUCAAAGGCUUAAGAUGCAGCUGACAGAGAAAGAAAUGGUCCGAAUGGAGAUCCAGGGGUUGCUCGACCAGUUCUAUACACAACAGAGCCAGAAUGAAAAAAAUAACAGUGAUGAGUUGAAUAAAGCCAUCAAGCAGUCCAUACAGAAAGAGCUGCAUGAGGAGAGAGCAGAGAAGAGCAAACUGGAGCAGAAGUUGUCUGAUACUUUGAAGAAACUGCAGGCAUCUGAGUCCAUGUUUGCCCGGUCUCAAACCUGCGUCCAGGACCUGACCGCUGAGCUGAGGAACCGCUGUAUUGAGCUGAGAGAGCUGAGCCACAGAGUACACGAUGAGGAGAAACUACUUCAGGAGAACGAGGUUCUCCGUAAGCAGAAUUUGCAGCUGUCAGAGGAAAAUGGAAAACUCGUGGGCCAUAAAAACCACAAACAGAGGAUUGAAUAUCUGGUAAAGCUGAAAAAAGAAAACACCAAACUUCAAGAGGAAAAUGAGAAGCUCAGAACUGAGAUUGGCUUAAUGCGAGACAACACAGGAUGCUUGGAGAUGACAUAACGCCUCCUUUUUUAAAUGUUUGAAGGGGAAGAUCGCCAUCCUUAUUCAAGUCAGUGGAAUACUCGAAUACAAGUUCCACUUUUUAAAAAGACGGUGGGAUUCAGAUUUUUACCUUUUUUUUAUUAUUAUUCAGGGAACUUAAUGUUUUAUGAAUUAUACCUCUCAUUAAGUUUUUUUUCUGGACAAAUACUGUUAAAUACUUUUGUACUGAUUCCUGUUACCAGCAACAUUGAAUAACCAAUAACAACAUUGUUCUAGUCUAGCUACAUCUUCACUUAUGAACCUCAAGGAAAUUUACGGCAAUGCUGAAAUACACCUUUAAUGUGAAUUAUGUGUUUUUCUUCAUAAUUUUGGUGCUUGUCUUGUGCAUGCCUGGGCUGUUUUCUUGGUAGCUAGUUUGUUGAACAUGUCUAAUCAUUCUGAGGUAUGUGGCUAGUGUUGUUCUUUUCAUAGAGAUCAUUUCUUUUUUUUUAAAUACUGUAAUUAAAAAAAUGUUUUUCUUUUCUACCAAC